AUGCACCACGAACCAAAAAUCGAUGUCAGUGCAGACAUAUACCCAGAAGGUGGCCUAAGAGCCAACCUAGUCGUGGUAGGUAGCUUCAGCGCCAUAAUGGGAGGGCUAGGUCUGAUGAAUAGUAUCGGCAUCUACCAAGCGUGGAUUUCAACACACCAACUAUCCCACCUGAGCGAAGGGCAGAUCGGCUGGAUCUUCGGAUUAUACAACUUCCUCGUUUUCUUCUGUGGUAUUCAAAUUGGACCGAUCUUCGACAUCAAGGGUCCUAAAUUACUGAUGUGGACUGGCUCAACACUUAUAGUCCUUACAUUUGUUCUUAUGGGCUUUUGUUACGAAUACUGGCAUUUCCUAGUUGUCAUUGGAAUCCUCGGUGGAAUGGGGACAUCAUUUAUUUUCAUUGUCCCUGUCGCAAGUAUAGGACACUUCUUCUGUCGUCGACGUGGCGCAGCAACUGGCCUUGCAUUGGGUGGAGGUAGUAUCGGCGGUGUCAUAUUUCCUCUCGUGCUCGAGAACCUUGCUCCAAAGAUAGGAUUCGCCUGGUCAACCCGGAUAAUAGGCCUUAUAACUCUCAUCCUCCUAGUACCAGGAUGUCUACUCGUCCGUGCAAACUUUCCUCCUAAGGAUCCAUCUCCUCCAUCGCUGAAGACUUUCCUCCCGGACUUGACUAUACUCAAAGAUCCUGUAUUGGCUCUUACAACACUUGGCGUCUUCUUCAUUGAAUGGGGCUUCUUCAUUCCCCUGGAAUACAUUGCCUCGUACUCUUUAGCCACCGGUAUCUCACCAAGACUCUCAUACCUGAUGAUCGUCUUUUUGAACUCGGGUUCUUUUCCCGGUCGCUGGAUACCAGGUAUCGUGGCUGAUAAGAUUGGUCGACUCAACACACUUAUCUUAACCAAUAUCCUAUGUCUUAUUUCUGUGCUUGCGAUCUGGCUACCAGGAGGUGGAAAUUUAGUGGCAGUCAUUAUAUUCUCUGUCGUCUUUGGAUUUGCCAGCGGGAGCAAUAUCAGCCUUGUUCCUGUUUGCGUAGGCGAACUAUGUCCUGUUCAGAAUUAUGGGAGAUACUAUACCACUGUGUAUACAAUUGUUAGCUUUGGGGCUCUGACUGGCGUUCCUAUUGCAGGGGAAAUUCUGCAUCGUUGCAAUGGGGAGUACUGGGGAUUGAUUGCAUUUGCUGGCCUUCUUAUUCUAAUCAUACUUCUCGUUGUCCUUGCGAAUGUAUUCCGAAUUAUCUUCAUUAUGGCCAGCUAUAAAUCAGCUCUGAAUACUGAAGAGCUGGGUAGUGUUACUUAG